UAAACAGACUUACAAUCCUACAACUGCUGUAGCUGCUGCCAAAGUAAAGUACCUCAUCGUUUCUAAACAAGAAGAUCUAAAAUCAAUUUUCCUCGAGAGCGCCAAUUGGAAGUCUCUUAAAUCGUCGCAACGAGGAAAUGUUGACAUCAAAAUUAUUCCAAAGGGGCUUAUUAAACACCCAGCGUCGUUUUUACGCUAGCUCUAUUAAGCAGCCUGCUACACAAGUCACUUCACUCUCGAAUGGCUUGACCGUCGCUACUGAGGAGAACGAUACCAAGUCUGCUACCGUAGGUGUCUGGAUCGACUCCGGUUCUAGAGGCGAAUCAGCAAAAACGAAUGGAACUGCUCACUUCUUAGAGCACAUGGCAUUCAAAGGCACAAACCGCCGCUCUCAGUUCGACCUCGAAUUAGAAGUUGAAUCAUUGGGUGCUCACCUCAACGCCUACACCUCCCGCGAGCAAACCGUUUAUUACGCUAAGUCUUUCUCUCAAGACGUUCCAAAGGCCGUAGACGUUCUCUCUGAUAUUCUUCAAAACUCAAAGCUCGACUCUAAGGCUAUCGAGCGUGAAAGAGACGUCAUUCUCCGCGAGCAAGAAGAAGUCGACAAGCAAAUCGAGGAAGUCGUCUUUGACCACCUCCACGCAGUUGCCUUCCAAGGUGAACCACUCGGUCGUACAAUCCUCGGUCCAACUGAAAACAUCAAGUCACUCAACCGUGACGACCUUAGCACCUACAUCAAGGACAACUACCAUGGUGAUAAGAUGGUCUUAGCCGGUGCAGGUGGUAUCGCUCACAGCGAACUCGUAGAGCUCGCAAAGAAGCACUUUGGUAACCUUACUAGCUCACCAAACCCUCUUCCACUCGGCAACAGACCUUCUGCUGAACGCACAAGAUUCACUGGUUCAGAAGUUAGAAUUAGAGAUGACAGCUCACCAACCUGCAACCUCGCUAUUGCUGUAGAGGGUGUUAGCUGGUCAAGCCCAGACUACUUCCCAAUGCUCGUCAUGCAAUCGAUUUUCGGUAACUGGGAUCGUAGCUUAGGUGCUUCACCAUUAUUGUCUAGCAGAUUAUCACACAUCAUUAGCGAAAACAACCUCGCAAACAGCUACAUGUCAUUCUCAACCUCAUACUCAGACACUGGUUUAUGGGGUAUCUACUUGGUCUCAGAAAAUUUGAUGUGUUUGGACGACUUAGUACACUUCACUCUCAAGGAAUGGCAAAGAAUGUCAAUCGCACCAACACCUGCAGAAGUUGAGCGCGCAAAGUCACAACUUAAGGCAUCAUUGUUAUUAGGUUUAGAUGGUUCAACUGCAGUCGCAGAAGAUAUCGGUAGACAAAUUGUCACAACAGGAAAGCGUCUGACACCUGCAGAAAUUGAACAAUCAAUCGCAGCUGUAACACCUGAGGAAAUCCAAAGAGUCGCUAACAAGUACUUAUGGGACAAGGACAUAGCAAUUGCUGCUCACGGUCGCACAGAAGGCUUGCUUGAUUACAACAGAAUCAGAUCAGACAUGUCAUCCAUGUUAUACUAAGCUUAAUAAUGUAGAAUAAACUUUUAACUUU